GUCGUCUCUCUUUCACCUUGUCCUGGGUUUCAAAGGCGUAGCACUGGUAGCAGUGAGCACAAGGACCUCAGAGUCUACAUGGAUCUUAAUGAUCCACAAGGUUUGGGAAAUCAACAAGGUUUGGAGAAGAGGAUGCAAGGAAACUCCUUGAGAAGAUAUCAAAGCAAGUGCAGCCUAUAAUGCGGAAGUGUAAAUGGAAAGUUCGAAUUCUUUCUGAGUUCAGAUUUGGGAUGGUUGUUGUUUUUCCUUUGAUAACUACAAUCAAUGUUGGAUUCAGUAUUGACAUCUGAUACUUUGAAAAGCAGCCCUGCCAACCCAGCUCUUCAGGGGCUCAAUAUUGGUGGAGGUGCUGAAGUUAAGCUCAGAUUGCAAAGGCCAAACAACGAAAGGGAUUUUUAUCCGUUUGAACAGAUUCUUCAUACAAUGUUGCACGAGCUCUGCCACAACGAGCAUGGUCCUCAUAAUGCAGACUUUUACAACCUUUUGGACGAGAUCAGAAGGGAAUGUGAGGAACUGAUGGGUAAAGGGAUUACUGGCACUGGUCAAGGAUUUGAUCUUCCUGGGAGACGUUUGGGUGGUUCCUCACGUCAACCCCCUCCUUCGUCUCUACGUCAGACUGUACUGGCUGCUGCUGAAAGCAGAGCACGUCGUGGAGCUCUAUCGCCAUCUGGACCUAAGCGUUUAGGUGGGGAUAGCAACAUUAAGGCUGCUCUGAGCCCUAUACAAGCUGCUGCCAUGGCUGCAGAAAGGAGACUAUAUGAUGAUCUAUGGUGUGGGUCAAAGUCUUUAAAGGGUGACGCUAAUGGUCAGGAUCAAGUCGGAACUUCUCAAAUGCCAGAAACUUCCACAGUUACUAAUGAAAGAUCUACCCAAACUUCUACUCAACCAAAGCUGGGUCUGGAAAAAGUAAAUGAUCAAUCGAAGUGGCAAUGCAGAAUGUGCACUUAACUAAAUGAGGAAUUCGCAUUGACAUGUGCGGCCUGCGUGACUUUAAAAGAUAACACCAAGUUUAAGGUUUGGUCUUGCAAAUUUUGUACAUUGGAGAACAGAGUUGGGGUAGAAAGACUUUUUUUUUUUUGCUUAGCUUGCGGAGAAUGGCGAUAUUCAUAUGGUCCUCCUGUCUCGAAUCGUGGACCUUAUGUUGGCACCUGAGGAAGGGAGAAAUUCAGAGUCACCUGACGAUUGAUUCAGUAUAUAUAUAGAACAUCAUCAUGAAUAUACUUCAUUUGUCACACCGCACAUGAACUGUAAAUUGCAGAUUGCCAUUUUGAUUGUACAUACCUACAUAAAUUAAAGU